AUGCCUUCUGAUCAAACUCUCCCUCACUUUCACCCUGACCUCGUUGCCAACAACGGCAAUGCCCAUGGCUACAACCAUGGCCAUCCUGACCGCAACCAGUACCCGCCAAUGGUAAACGGCAGCAUUUUGGAGGCUCAUGCCGCCAUUUGGGUCCCAAAUGGCACGGCCGUGUCUCCUGGUGGUGGCCAUCAUCGGGAUCGGGUCUCUGGUGUUGGCAGCUCCCGUUCCUACCCUGCCCCCGACCCCACGAUGGUCAACCCCAGGGUGCCAGAGCCAAUCAUGCAGUACGGCAUGCCAUCUCCUCCCUCUUCUGCCGGCUUUCCUUCGCCCGAGCAGCGGCGCGCCACGAUCCCCCGUCGCCCUCUCGGCGCACCGUCAGCUCAAGGCGCACCGGUGAUGCCACGGUCCAGAAACCCAGCCCGCAACGACCGGAACUUCGUCUGCUGCGGGACGCAGUAUAGCUCCAAGUUCACAUUCGACCGGCAUCGACGCGAAAGCCGGACAUGUCCGUAUGGCGACGGCGGCCGCGAGUUCCGUUGCUUCUUGUGCGGUACGAGGCCGUUCGGGCGGCGGAACACGCUGAAGCAGCACGUCCACGAGGUGCAUCAGUGUUCGCCAAAAGAUGCGAAGAAGUACGUCGACACGUGGUAUCAGCGGAACGGCGCCGAGAACGACUAUCCCGAGGCGUCGGUGGGGUUAUGA